CACGUGCAUUGUCCCAUUCGAGUUUUGAUUAGGAGUUUUGUGAUUUUCUCUUUAAUCUGACUCGACCGUCUCUCUCACUCAAAAUCUCUUCAAACUCGUGUUCUCAAAUCUCAAACAAAAACUCAACAAACUUUCUCCGACAAUGGGUUGCGUUUCCUCCAACCUCCUGAAUCAAAGCGAUGACUUCUCUCAACUCGCCGGCUGCCACCACCACUUCGUCCAGCUUACUUCCUCCACUUACGGCCUUCUCAAUCUCGACCCUCCGCCUCCUCCUUCCUCCUCCGUUAUCUCCGCACCAGCUACACCCAUGACUCCGCCUGAGAGAUUCACCUUCGUCGGUAAGGAGCCAAUAACCGUCAAGUCAGAGCCGGAGGUUAUUAACUUCUGGGAGCUAAUGUCCGGUCUCGACGCCGAUACUUGCCGGUUCUCUCCUCUUCCGGUGAAACGCAAUGUCUCCUCCGGCGGAGUGAACAAAGAGAACUCGGAUCCUAAUUGGAAAAACCCUGGAAAUCAAUCCAACAACGACGACGUUCUGAAACCGCUAGAUCCGAAAUUUGCGGAGGAACCGGAGAAGCUGUGUCCUCCCGGCGACGGCGGAGAUAACCGCGUUGUGAUCUACACAACGUCGUUGCGCGGCGUACGGAGGACAUUCGAUGCUUGUAACGCCGUGAGAGCUGCGAUAGAGAGCUUCGGUGUAGUAAUCUGCGAGAGAGACAUUUCCAUGGACAGAGGGUUUAGAGAAGAGCUCACGAGUCUUAUGUCCGGAGAGGCUGUGCUGCCGCCUAGGGUUUUUGUGAAGGGGAGGUAUAUUGGUGGAGUGGAUGAGGUGAUGAAUUUGGUGGAAGAAGGUAUGCUCCGAGAUUUGCUCAGUGGGAUUCCGAGGAGGAAAGAUCGAGGCGGCGGUUGCUACGGUUGCGGUGGUUUAAGCUUCUUGCCGUGUUCUGAGUGUAAUGGCAGCCGCAAAGUGGUGGAAGGAUGGGGAAGCGACGUUGUAGUGGUGAGAUGUAAUAAGUGUAACGAGAAUGGUCUUGUUCUUUGUCCGAUUUGCAGCUAAAUAUUGUUAUAAUC